GGAGAGUUAUUUGGCCAAAUUAGCUGACAAUCCCAAAGUCGCAAAUUGUUUCUGAGUUUUGAUAAAAUCAGCGUUUUCUUUUCCUUUUUAAUGACCCUGCCGUUAAACAAUCUCCUUCGGGUCGGAGAAUUUCUAUGGGUGGUGAAAACAUCAAUUAUGUUGUAACAGGUUGUCUGCUCCAGUGAAAGUCAAGGGCUACGGGUUGGACCCGCCGGAGAGGGUAAUUUGCUGUGGCCCUGGAGGGGCGCUUGCACCCGAGGGUUCCCAGUGCAGCGCUUUCCGUGUGAAACGUUUUGCUUUCAUUCGGCAGCUUUAGGCGUGAAGAAAAGGGGGAGGGGGUUGGCGUUCCGCCCUGGAGCUCUUGAGAGUGAUGGUAGCUGCAAACCCAGCUGGCGCUCAGUAGCUGGUGCUGAGAUUUCCGGAGGGGUGGGGCUGCCAGAGGAGGAUGUGCACGUGAGACCCCGAGAGAGGUGGGAGUGGAGCUUCUCAGGUAGGACCGAGGAGCGCCCUGCGUACUCCCUCCUCCAGCUUCGGGAUCCGGAUUGGCUCGGGCAGCGAGGUCGGCGAGGUCAAGACCCUUUCCGCGCCCUCCCCGACCCGCCCCGCCGCGGCGGUGCUUAUGUAGAGCGGCCGGCGCGGGCGGGGCGGGGGCAUGCUGGCGAGGCCGAGGGGCGCGAGUGGCAGCGCGCGGGGGCCGGAGCAGCGCCCGGCCCCGGGCGCCCGGGGGCCGGAUGGCGGAGCCCACGCGCUCAGCGAAGCCGGGGAGGUUUGCGUUCCGUUCGCCGCGCUGCAGGGAGGGCGCAGUGCCAGGCGCGAGCGCCGAGAGACCCAAAAAGAAAGGUUUUUAUUUGCUGAGGAUGAAGCCCCUGAAGGAGCCCGCCCCCAACAACAACAACAACGUGUCCUUUGUGAUCCACUGUCAACUAGGCAAGGAGAUCAAACACAUUUGCAGCAACUGCAGUCGGGGGGAGGACGCCCGGGACGCUGAGGAAGUGGAGAGGCUGGCGGCAAUGCGUUCUGACUCCCUCGUCCCAGGCACCCACACCCCACCCAUCCGCAGGAGAAGUAAGUUUGCCAACCUGGGAAGGAUUUUCAAGCCUUGGAAAUGGAGGAAGAAGAAAAGUGAAAAGUUCAAACACACGUCAGCAGCCCUGGAAAGGAAAAUAUCUAUGAGGCAAAGCAGAGAAGAGCUGAUAAAGCGAGGAGUCCUGAAGGAAAUCUAUGAUAAAGAUGGGGAACUCUCUAUAUCCAAUGAAGAGGACUCCCUAGAAAAUGGGCAGUCCCUGAGCUCCAGCCAGCUGUCUCUGCCUGCCCUGUCCGAAAUGGAGCCAGUCCCAAUGCCCAGGGAUCCCUGUUCAUAUGAGGUGCUCCAACCGUCAGACAUCAUGGAUGGGCCAGUGUCUGAAGAGAGUCCCUCUGCCAGUGAGUCUGGAGUCCUCCUGUCCCAAGAUCCUUCAGCCAAACCAGUCCUGCUACUGCCCCCCAAAAAACCUGCUGCUUUCCCUGGAGACCAUGAAGAGACCCCAGUGAAGCAGCUGCCCCUUCUCAAGCAGCCCCCGGCCCUGCCUCCCAAACCCACUACCAGGAUUGCCAACCACUUAACAGAUCCUGGCGCCCCUGUGAAAUUGCCUUGUCUGCCAGUGAAACUGUCGCCUCCGCUACCUCCAAAGAAAGUCAUGAUCUGUAUGCCUGUUGGGGGGCCAGACCUCUCACUGGUGUCCUACACAGCCCAGAAGAGUGGCCAGCAGGGUGUGGCUCAGCACCACCACACUGUCCUGCCCUCCCAGAUCCAGCACCAGCUGCAGUACGGCAGCCACGGCCAGCACCUCCCCUCCACCACCGGCUCCCUCCCCAUGCACCCCUCGGGCUGCAGGAUGAUAGACGAGCUCAACAAAACGCUGGCCAUGACCAUGCAGAGGCUGGAAAGCUCUGAGCAGCGGGUCCCCUGUUCCACUUCUUACCACAGCUCUGGGUUGCACUCGGGUGACGGAGUCACCAAAGCAGGACCUAUGGGCCUUCCAGAAAUAAGACAAGUGCCAACUGUUGUGAUUGAAUGUGAUGACAAUAAAGAAAAUGUGCCUCAUGAGUCAGACUACGAAGACUCUUCUUGCCUGUACACAAGAGAAGAGGAGGAAGAGGAGGAGGACGAAGACGACGACAGCUCAUUAUACACCAGCUCCCUGGCCAUGAAGGUCUGCAGGAAGGACUCCUUAGCCAUCAAACUCAGCAACAGGCCCUCCAAGCGAGAGCUGGAAGAAAAGAACAUCCUUCCCAGGCAGACGGAUGAGGAGCGGCUGGAGCUGAGGCAACAGAUUGGCACCAAGCUCACCAGGCGGCUGAGCCAGAGGCCAACUGCAGAGGAACUGGAACAGAGGAACAUUUUGAAACCUCGGAAUGAACAAGAGGAACAGGAGGAGAAGAGAGAGAUCAAGAGGAGGCUAACCCGAAAGCUCAGUCAAAGGCCCACGGUCGAAGAGCUUCGGGAAAGGAAGAUCCUCAUCCGCUUCAGUGACUACGUGGAGGUGGCUGACGCUCAGGACUAUGACCGCAGGGCAGAUAAGCCGUGGACCCGCCUCACCGCUGCAGACAAAGCUGCCAUCCGAAAGGAGCUCAAUGAAUUCAAAAGCACUGAGAUGGAAGUUCAUGAAUUGAGUAGACACUUAACAAGGUUUCACCGACCUUAACAGUCGAAUUCCUCUUGAGUGCUAUGCUGUCUUCAAAACAUAAAUUUAUAAGAACCAUAAGUGCUGGUAUUUAUUCACUUCCCCAUUACUAUGUAAAUCUUCUGAACUGCCUUUUUUUAAAAAAGAAGAAGAAAAAUCAAGGAAACACAAUCAGGAUUUUAUGUGUGAAAACGCAAAAGUGAUGGCUUGGCGGUCCGAGCUGCUGGUCCCACUUCUAACACCAAAAUGCAUCCCAACCCCCGGCAGUGCCAAGGGCACCGGCAGGGCCCUGACUGAAGACUUUCUGGCAGGUGGAAUGGUCCUUGUCCUCUCCAGCCAGGCCCAGCAGGCACUGCCUUCAUGAAAUCUCCAGCAAACCUCUUCCUCACAAGUGUCUGUCACCUGAGUCCAAAGAAAGCUGAAGGGGUAGGUUUGUUUUGGGGGGUACUGUGCAAAGCUAAUGAUCUGGUUGGACUUCUACACUUGGCCAAAUAUACUGGCUCCAGACAUGACAUUUGGUUUGGGGCCCUUUGAAGUUGAUGCCAGGAAGGAGGGAACACUUCUCAGUUGCCCCUGGCUUUUCCCUCCCUGCAGCCACCACGCACACAGUGAACAAAAGGGAAGGGCCCAUUUCUGGGGGAGUCUGGCUGCCUCUUGGCUAUGAAGGCUGGCACUGAGCACCCAUCCUGCCCCCUCUGCCUGAGCUGAGCUGCCUUUCAGGAAGCUCUGGUUUAGAAGGGGAAAGUUGUCAUAUGCUCAGUUCAAAUAAUCAACCCAUCUGUGUUCAGAGAGUCCAGUGUCAUGAGUGACCCACGCACACACACAGCCACUGCUAAGGUACUCCUGUGCUGUUUAUAAGUCUGAGUGGGAGGACCCUAUUGAACCCUGUGGGGUCAGAAACUGCUUGGCUGACAUUUAUUUUCUCUGUGUGCCUCGAAGCCGGUGAUUAUAUGGCUUGGGAGUUCCUAGCUUCUGUGUAUAGGACCAGUGCAUGCAGGCCAGAAACCAUUCCUGUAGGACUGGCUUUCCAGACACUGAGGGACUUGGAACCACUCCAUGGCCUUCUCUUUUUUCUCUUUUUUUUUUUGCACUGAAGAGUUUCUGUGGAGGAGCCCCAGAGUUGGGCAUGUGCCAGAAUCAGGCCAACACCAGCCACACCUGCCCACAGUGCCCCUUCCUGCUCCAGUUGAUCCAGAGAGCUCCUCCCUUUCCCUCAUGAUGCCGGGGAGCUUGAUUGUGGGUUUGUCUCUGACUGGGACAUCCAGGAUAGGGUGUGCAAUGAGGCCAGGACCCUCCUAAACCCUAACAAGCAUCCUAACGAGGCCCAUCGCAGCUUUCGUUUUCCUUCCUCACAGAGCUCGCAGGCCCUCCGUCGCAGAGCUCGCUCACCUUCUGGAGUGACUCCAUCGUUAGCCCAGUCUUUCUAGGUGGUGGCACACUCUCCACCACACAUGCCAUUUAGAAAGAUGCCAGCUUGGCCUUUCCAAAAAGUUAACCAGUCUCCCCACCACGAACCCUGUGGGAGCAGGUUACUCGUAGGAUGCACACCCGUCACCGAGGCCAUUGCAUUUUUUUGCAGGCAUGAACGGCUCCUAUGUAGGCACUAACCCAGGAGCCGGAUAACUGCUGGGGAGAGUUCAGGGCAGCUCUUUGGGCGGUGCCUCCAGCUGCAGCUUUGCCUUGCCACCUGGAGCCAGCACGCCUCUGCCCGACCCAAGGAGGAUGCCAUCACUAGAUCCUUUUUUUUUUUUAAACUCUUGAAUCUGAAUAGUUCCUGCUGUGGGGAGAGGUAUUGUUCAGGGAAAAUGUGACCGGGAUUUUAGUGUGGCUGUAAACACAGUCUUCCCGAAAGGCUUACUGACGUCUGAAUGUGCAAAUGGUAUGACGAAAGAUGUAGGGUUCUUUCGUUGAAUUUCUCUACGGCGGGCGGGCGGGCACGUGUUCCAGGUGGAGGUGCCUGCCGGCCAGGCUUUGAGUCUGAACUUCCUCUAACUGCAGCUGGGCUCCUGGCAUACGCGGUGCCCUGGCAUGAUGGUCCUCCCUGGCCAGGAGGAGUCCUAAGGAAAUUCAUUCUAUUGACCGGACUCCUCCCGUGAUAGGCCCAUGGCUUCUCUGCUGGCCUUAGUUCUUGGCCCUUCAGAUUCCCUGGGGAUAUAAGGCCCAAGCGGAUCUCCCUGCAGCCAGCCAGCAAACAGCCCAGGGUUUCCGCCCAAAGUGCCCUCAUGUUGCAGUCCACUUUGUGCAUGGAGAUAUUGAACACAAUUUCCACUGCUCUUCCUGCAGGGCCUCUUUUCCAGCAGUCACUUGUUCACACUGAGGGGUGCACCUCCCCUGCCAUUGACAGGUCCUGCACCUUCAGAAUGGGCUAUUUCAAGCCCGUUUUAAGUGGCUCUUACACAGGCUCAGCAACCUCUGUGGCCUGCAGGAUGGGCCUUCUGCUGUCUCUUUCCUUUCUUAAAACCUUAAGGUCUUUCUAGAGACCUAUUCAAUUUUUUUUUUUUUUUUUGCUACAAUGUCAUGACAACUGCAGCAAUCUGUGUUACUUUCCAAGAUGACAAUUUGACAUUAAUUAAGGGAAAAAUAAAAAGGUGAGCUAGAUGACUUAAAAUGCAUCUCUUUUUUGAAAAAGCUGCAGCUGGCAAGUCAAAGUUUUAUUUUAUGUGUGUAAAUUCCCAGUUGAGCAUUUUUUCAUUUGGAUUAGUGUGAGAGGAAAAAUGUGAAAUGUCUCAAAUCAAAUGCUUCCUUCUAAAGAUUAAACAUUGCCCGACCCUGCCCCCUGCCCCAAUCAAUGACAGAAGAGACCGCCAUCAGCCAACUAGCUUUUUUUAAAUGGCUGAUAUAUUCAUCUCCAAAGGCCCUCAAAGCCCUGUAAAACUUUUAAAACUUUAGCCUUUAUGUCAGAUUAGAGAAACCAAACAACGUGACGGUAAAUGUGAUGAAAAGCUCUGAGUUUAUUUUUCUCCCGCUUAUGAACAUGUAUUUUUAUUUGCUGAAUGAAAAUCGUGGUGUGUUGCUUCGAUGAAUGGAAUUUCAGGCUCUCCCUGUGCACAGCCGGUGGGCAAAGGUCACCUUAAAUGACUUUUUCCUCCCUGUCUGUUAAUUCCCAGACCGGUUGCAUUUUCCAAUUGCUUCCUGGGUGUCUGUACAUAGUUUGUCUUUGUAUAGGAGUGAGUGUGGUGACCGUCAAUCCCCUAAUCUCCCAGGUUCUAAUUUAACAGAUGAUGGCUGUAUGAGGAAAAUGAUGUAAAUAGAGAAUACAAAUUAAACUGGAUCUCUGUGGCCUAGGUUUUGUACAUACAGAAACUGCAUGGUAUUUAAAUUAUUGUUUGUCUCUGAUGAUGUAUGCAGUUUCUUUAAAAACAAACAAACCAAAAAAAAGU